GAGGGUAUGUAGACACGCAGAGCUGCUGAGCCGAAGGGCGGGGCAUAGCCGAGUCGAUGAUGUCCACCUCUUUGGUGGUUGACGAGUAGAGAGAGAGAAAAAAUAUUCCAUAUAUAUGUGUAUAUACACCCAUUUUAUGUGGAAUUAACGCUGAGUUUGAAGUGAAGACCAGUAUUUGGAUGGUUCGAAAGUCAACUCGGAUCUCCCCAGUAAUGGAGGCCAUGGCUGUGAGCACAUCUGCACAGUGUACGGACGAGAUUGACCGCAACGCUCCGCGAAUCUGCGGCGUUUGCGGAGACAAGGCCACUGGAUUCCACUUCAACGCCAUGACCUGCGAAGGCUGCAAGGGCUUUUUCAGGCGCAGUAUGAAGCGGAAGGCCAGUUUCACUUGUCCCUUUAACGGCAGCUGCACCAUCACCAAAGACAACCGCAGACACUGCCAAGCCUGUCGCCUGAAGCGCUGCGUCGACAUCGGCAUGAUGAAGGAGUUCAUUCUGACUGAUGAGGAGGUGCAGAGGAAGAAGGAGCUGAUCCUGAAGAGAAAGGAGGAGGAGGCAAUGCGGGAGGCGCAGAAGCCCCGGCUGACCGAGGAGCAGAGUCAGAUCAUCAACACGCUGGUGGAGGCGCAUCACAAGACCUACGACGACUCCUACUCCGACUUUGGGAAAUUCCGACCCCCAGUGAGAGAGGGUCCAGUGACGCGCAGUGCCAGUCGUGCUGCCUCUCUCCAUUCACUCUCAGAUGCCUCUUCAGAUUCAUUGAACAACUCACCAGAGUCUAUGGACAAAAAGCUCAGCAGUCUCUUCUCCAUGUGUCAGGACGGCGUGAUGAGCCCGGAGUCCAGGGAUAACCCCCGCCUCUCCAUGCUGCCCCACCUGGCCGACCUCGUCAGCUACAGCAUCCAGAAAGUGAUCGGCUUUGCCAAGAUGAUCCCCGGCUUCAGGGAUCUGACUGCAGAAGAUCAGAUCGCUCUGCUGAAGUCCAGCGCUAUCGAGAUCAUCAUGUUGCGCUCCAACCAGUCCUUCAGUCUGGAAGACAUGAGCUGGAGCUGUGGAGGACCCGACUUUAAAUACUGCGUCAACGACGUCACCAAGGCUGGUCACACUCUGGAGCUGCUGGAGCCACUGGUGAAGUUUCAGGUGGGGAUGAAAAAACUCAACAUGCAUGAAGAGGAACACGUGCUGCUCAUGGCCAUCUGUCUUCUCUCUCCAGAUCGUCCCGGCGUGCAGGACCACGUUCGGAUCGAGGCGUUGCAAGAGCGUUUGUGCGAGACGCUGCAGGCGUAUAUCCGUGUGCACCACCCAGGCGGCCGGCUUCUCUACGCCAAGAUGAUCCAGAAGCUGGCUGACUUGCGCAGCCUGAACGAGGAGCACUCCAAGCAGUACCGCUCGCUGUCCUUCCAGCCAGAGCACAGCAUGCAGCUCACACCACUCGUGCUCGAGGUGUUCGGCAGCGAGGUGUCCUAGUGGCCAGGACGGUGUCUCCCACGGUGUCAGUCCAGCGCAGGGGCAUGAG